AUGAUCGACCCGCAAUGGACACCUGAUUCGUGCGCUUCCGCCCCCUCGAAUGAGGUUCCGUGUGGGUUCGCGCCGCCAGCUUCCGCUCCCAUGGACGCCGCGCUGCUCCAAGGCCUUCCUGGCGCCACCACCGAUACUUUCACGGCGGUCUGCGUGGUUCCGUUCGCAGCGCCCCUCCUCGCCGCGUCGCGCCAAUCCUCGGGUCUACCGUCGCCUGGUAAGAACGGUCCGAUCGCGCCGUUCACAAUCAGCGUCGUUCCGCAGACCGCCGCAUCCCAGCGCGUCAACGGCGCAGCGCAGCUCGCAGCAGCUUCCGACGUGCUGCCGCUGUGGGCCGGCCCACUGCACGUGCUGGACGUCAGCACGCACGCAGCGCGAGCGCCGGGGGAGAGCUACGCGGUGCGGCCGCUGUUCGCGCUACUGGUCUCGUCCGACUCUAGCACGGGCGGCGGCGCUGCGCCUUGUGGUGGACAGGAAGAAGCGGACUGCGCUCUCGGACCGUCGGAGCGCCCGCUGAUUGUGGCGGCAGCGGCGUCGGACGAUGAAUGGACGGCCAUGGCGGAGGUGUGGAAGGGCGGCGAGGGCUGCGGUGCGGAGGCGGAGGGGGGGUGUGAGUGGGAUCGCGUGGCGGCGGACGUGAAGGCGCAAGCGCAGCAGCUGCUGCGCGACUGCGGCCUCACAGGUCCCGCGCUCACCAUCCCCGGCUCGCCACGCCACCGCCAUCAACGCGCGCAACAGAUCAUUGCCGCCGCGCAUCACCAAUGGUGCUCGCUCUCCCCCGCCCCCCUCCCGCCUCCCCCUAGCGCGCGUCUCUCUUUCCCUCACCGUGCUGCUGCCCCACCCGCCGUCUCGCCGCGGUCGCCGCUCACCCCGUGCCCUGAUAACGGCAGCGACGGGAGCAGCAAGGCCGGCGGGUGGGAGGGGUUCAAAAGCGGCAACGCGCAGGGGAGGAGCGGGAUGAGCGGGAGGGCCGCUAGGACGCUGCUGCUGGCGGCGUGCUGCGCGGGGCUGGACGGGCGGCACCUCCGCACGCACAGCCUCGCCGCGGACCCGCUCGACUCCGCCGCCGGCGACCAGCCCUCGCCUCUCUCCGCCGUCCCCUCCGCCCUCCCCUCCCCCUGCGCCGUGUCUCCCCCGCCCAUUCUGCAAGCACCCGGCAGUUUCCGCCGGCCGCCGGGAUGCUCCAUCGAGGUGCCCUCGUCGCCCGCCGCCGAGCCGGGGCGCGCGAGUCCGGGGCGCAGGCUGCGGAAGCUGCUGUCGCCUGUGUACAGCCUCGGGGGCAGCUGGUUCGCCGUGCCGCGUCUCUCCUCCGCCACCGCGCCGCUUCCCGCCUGCAGCGCGAAUCCGAUGACGAAUCGUGGGUGCGUGGGGCGCGAGUCAGGGGCGGAGUUGAGGGGGCGCGACGAGGAUUGGGGGAACGAGAACAGGGAAGAGGAGCAGGGCGGGGCGGCGGAACGGGGGGAGCGAGUGGAAGAGGGAGACGGAGGCGAGGCGCAGGUGACUGCGCGCGGGGAGGAGAAAGGGGAGGGGGAACGGGGCGAGAGUGAAGAGGAGGAAGAGGGGGAGGAGGAAGACGAGGGGGAGGGGGAGGGGCAAGACGGGCGCGAGUUGGCGCGCUCUCAGACGAUGCGGUCGCUGCAGCGGUCGGCGUCGCGCCGAUCCCAGCCGGGCGGGGCGCGCGGCGCAGGGCAGCGCAAGGGGAAAGCGGCGGCGAGAGGCGCGAAGGCGGGCGCGAAAGCAUCGGCGCGGUUGGCAAUGGCGCGCAGCGCGAGCUUCCGCGUGUACAUUGAGACGGGGAAGGACGCCGCGGGCAGCAAGGGCAGGCAGGGGGACGGCGGGAAGGGUCGCGGUCUGUCGCGGCAGAACAGCGCCGUGGGGCGGAAGGCAGUACAGGAGGAGCGCGGCGUGCGGUACGUGCGCCAGGCCAGUCAGCGGGAGCGGGGGGGAGAGGCGCAAGGGCGAGGGGAUGAGAACGAGGGGCCGCGGGAUCAGAAUGGCGGAGCGGAAGGGGAGGAGGAGGAGGAACCGGGAUCGUUCAGGCGCGCGUACAGCGCUCCGAACGGCGAGCGCUCGCUGGCGCGCAGCAAGAGCAUGCGGCGCGCGCAAGAGGGAGGCGAAACAGUCGUGGGGAGUGAACAACGCCGGGACAACGCGGUGGGGGCAGUUUCGGGAGACGAGGGGAAGGGCGGAGGGAGGGUAAGGGGCAGCGAGCGGGGCGAGGAGCGCAGCGGUGAGCGGCGUGGGGGGGAGGAGCAGGGCGAGCUGCAGCGGUCGCGCACUCUGCCCUCCAAACCCGCCCGCAGCGGGGGAGGCAGGGAGCAAGCGGCGGAGAAGGAAGAGGCGGAGUGGGGCAGUGAAGCACAACGAGAGGCUGAGAGGGCGGAAAUGGAGGAAAGGGCGGAGCGGUUGCGGCGGCAGCUGCAGCAGCAAAAGCAGCGGCUGCAGCGGCAGAGCAGCGGGCAGCAGCAGGCGGCGCGCAGCGGUACAGACGAGCAGGCGGCGGGGCUGGCGAAGCGCGGGAGAGAGCUGCUGCGGCUGGCGUCGCUGCCGCGACAGCAGCAGCUCGACGCGCAGGCGGGAGGGCCGGCGCAGGUUGGGGGGGCGAGGCGGGGGGCGAAGCAGGUGGUGUCGGGGGCGACCCCCAAGCUGCGGCGCACGGGCCGAGACGGCAGCUUCCGCGUGUACCUCGACCUCAGCCCGCGCACCCCCCCCGCGCCCGCCGCUGCCGCUGAGGAUAGCGCGUCCACGCAGGAAAUGCGGCGCGCCGUGACGCACUCGGGAGCUUCGGAGCAGACGCGGGCUGGCGGCGUAGCGACGAGCGGGAGGCAUCUGGACCGCGCGGCGAGCAUGCAAGAGGGGGGGCUGCAGGCGCAGGCGGUAGGCAGCGCAGCGGGCAGGCAGCCGCAGAUACGGCGCGCUGUGACGCACACGGGGACCGCGGAGGAGCGGGUGAUGGGGGGAGGCGGCGCGGGGGCAGCGGAAAGGAGGCAAGCGGAUGGAAACAGCAUGGUGGUGCGGCGGGUGGAAGGGGAGCGCAGGGCGGAGGAUGGGGAAGGCGGGGCGGAGGCGUUGCGCAAGGACGCGGGCGUGGUGGGCGGCGAGAGGGAGCGAUUGGCAGCGGCUGCUGCUGCUGCGAGGCGCCGUGUGCUCGUUAUUGACAUCCCCGAUAAGGGAGACCUCUACCCCGCCCCGCUCACCGCCCCUGCCAGCACCCUAGAUCCCUCCCCCACCGCUGCCGCAACCCCCCCAGUUGCUGCCCCCUCCUCUGCGCGCGCUGCUCCCCGCGCGGCCCCCAGCGGGCAGGCGGGCAGCUGUGCGUUCCCUGACGGCAGCAGGCAGCGGGCUGUGGCAGGGGGGCGGGAGCGAUGGGCAGGCAAGACGGCAGUUGCAGGGGCCUCACCCGCGUCAGCACGUGUCGUGCCCACGUCAGCUGCAAUCACUCCUACGUCAGCUGCAAUCACUCUCACGUCAGCUGCAAUCACUCCCACAUCAGCUGCUAUUACUCCCACGUCAGCAGUGGUCACUCCGUCCUCAAGGGCCAGCAGCAAGCCGUCGCCCCGCCCCGCCACACUGCAUGCGCCAGCCGUCCCCUCCCCUGGCCCUGCGCGCGCCCUGCUGGUCCCCCCCAGCCACACGGUCCCCAGCGGCCCCCCCGCUGCUGCGCCUCCCCCGCGCAUCCAGCAAGCGCGGUCGCUGCCGCCCAUCCGUGAGGGCGUGGCGCUGCACGGGCUGCUGCACGCCCACCAGCGCGCCGCCAGGGGACCCGCCUUCCCCCCUUCCUCUUCCGCCCCGCUGGGGGACGAGCGGAUGGGAGCAUGGGGAGGAGCGGAUGGGGGGCAGGAGGAGGCGGAGAUGCAGUGGCAGCAGCCGCAGCAGCAGCAGGGUCUGCGGGCGCAGCAAGGGUGGGUGCAAGAGGUGGUGGGCGGUGGCGAGCAUGAGUGGCAGCAGUGGGCCGUGCCGCACCCCCAUGCUCAGCAGCAGCAACAGGGCCAACUCUGCUACCCUCCUGAUACCCAGGGGCAGAUGUACCGGCAGCAGCAGCAGCAGCAGCAGAGCCAGCAGCAGUUUUACCAGCCAAAGCAGCAGGCGGGUUUCAUCUCCCAGCGCUGGCACCAGCAGCAACAGCAGCAGUGGAGCGAGGGGCAGGCACCACAACCCUCGCUCAUUCAGUCUCAUUCCUUCAACCCCCAGCAACAGCCACAGCAGCGGCAGCAGCAGCAGUGGCAGCAGCAGCAGCCGCAGCAGGGUGAGUGGUCGCAACAGCAACAGCCAAAGCGGGUGUCAUUCAAGCAUGGCAAUGAGCCUGCCUCCCAUCUCGUGUCACAGCAGCUGCCCCGUGUCGGCACCACCCCCCACUACGCACCACCGCAGCAUGCCAGCAACAUGAGAGUCACUGGUCACAGCCAGCAGCGGCCUUUGCACGGCCCACACGCAGCCUCAGCACGUGCUCAGCCUGGUGUGCCCGCCAGCAGCCCGCGUGGAGGUGACGCCUCGCUCACCCGCCUGCUCUCGUGGAACGCCGAGAAGACGCGUUUGUUCUCUCAACCACGACUUCCCACGGCUGUCUGUCGCCUCGCCACGAUGAAUACUUGGAGCUGGCAGGACUCGCUUCGCCAAGCGGCCACCAUUCGCACACUGCCGCACGCGUGGAAGGACCACUUUCUUCCGCAGCAGCAGCAACUCGACGCGCAACCACCGCAGCCGUCAGAAGCCUCUUUUGACAAGCUUCUGAAUUCUUGCAACAGCAGCCCUGCGUUCUCGUCUCGCCUUGCUCUCCUCAACGGUGCCGCAUGCGCGUCGCUGCCCGCGCUCGAACCACUGCCACGGGGCGCGGAACUGGUGUCGGUAAGGGCAAGUUACGACCAAUUCUCCCCAGCCUCGUCGUUCAGCCUGUCAGCGGCGCACUGCCAGCCUCCCGUGCCCUCCCCGGCGAACGACGCAGAGCCUGCGGCUGAAUUCAUGCGAACGGACGAGACGCAGCAGGGGCAGAGGUGCGAGUGGGAGGGGGAAUGGCGCGAGACGGACGAGUUGAUGUCUCCGCGGAGCAGCACGGGCAGCUGCUGCGAUCCCGACGACCUCGACUCGCUGCUGGAGGCGCCGCACGCCUUCGGUCAGCUUGCGUGGGAAUCCGAAUUCCAUACUCAGUCGUCUCAUUCUCGCAGCAGCUCCUGCGAUCUCGCUCUGCCGCCCAGACAUUCGCCGUCCGCUUCUAGCGACUCGCGCAUCUGCAUGGAACUGCUCGAAUCAGCUAGCUCGUGCUUCGCUGCGAACCCACUUUUUCAACUGAGCUCCCAAUGCGUGAUUGACGGCGAGGGAAUUCGCGAGUUGGUGGUGUGGUUACUCCAACAAGGCUCGGGUCAUGAACACGACAUGGCGGCGCAGCUGCAGCAACUCGCGGCGGUUCCGGCGGAAUCAGAGGGGGGGGUGCAGGCCGGGGGGAUUGCGGGUGUACAGGUGGACGAGCAGCUGAGCAACGCAAUCCGGCAAGUGUUGCUGAUGCAGGCAGCCUGCUAG